AUGGCGGCAGCUCAGGCGCAGGGCGCUGUGGUGCAAGCGGCCCAGAGCGAAGGCCUGGAGUCUUGGUAUCUGGCCCUGCUGGGCUUAGCCGAGCAUUUCCGCACGUCCAGUCCGCCGAAAAUCCGACUUUGCGUCCACUGCUUACAGGCCGUGUUUCCCUUCAAGCCGCCGCAGCGGAUCGAGGCCCGGACCCACCUGCAGCUCGGCUCGGUGCUCUACCACCACACGAAGAACAGCGAACAGGCCCGGAGCCACCUGGAGAAGGCGUGGUUGAUCUCACAGCAAAUUCCACAGUUUGAAGAUGUUAAAUUUGAAGCGGCAAGUCUUCUGUCGGAACUGUAUUGCCAAGAGAAUUCAGUGGAUGCAGCAAAACCACUCUUGCGGAAAGCAAUUCAGAUUUCACAGCAGACGCCCUACUGGCACUGUAGACUACUUUUUCAGCUUGCACAACUUCACACACUUGAAAAAGAUUUGGUGUCUGCAUGUGACCUUCUGGGAGUUGGAGCAGAGUAUGCCAGGGUAGUAGGAUCAGAAUACACCAGGGCACUGUUCCUGCUGAGUAAAGGAAUGCUUCUCCUAAUGGAACGAAAAUUGCAAGAAGUACAUCCCCUUCUGACGCUCUGUGGUCAAAUAGUAGAAAAUUGGCAAGGAAAUCCCAUCCAGAAGGAGUCCCUUCGUGUUUUCUUCUUAGUCCUUCAGGUGACACACUACCUGGAUGCUGGGCAGGUGAAGAGCGUGAAGCCGUGUUUAAAGCAGCUCCAGCAGUGCAUUCAGACUAUUUCUACUCUUCAUGAUGAUGAGAUUCUACCCAGCAACCCUGCUGAUCUCUUCCACUGGCUGCCCAAGGAGCAUAUGUGUGUCCUGGUCUACCUGGUCACAGUAAUGCAUUCCAUGCAAGCAGGCUAUUUGGAGAAGGCACAGAAGUACACAGAUAAAGCACUCAUGCAGCUAGAAAAGCUAAAAAUGUUAGACUGCAGUCCUAUUUUAUCGUCUUUCCAAGUUAUUUUGUUGGAGCAUAUUAUCAUGUGUCGGCUUGUCACGGGACACAAAGCUACAGCACUACAGGAGAUCUCACAAGUCUGUCAGCUCUGCCAGCAGUCGCCCAGACUGUUUUCGAAUCAUGCUGCCCAGUUACACACUUUACUAGGUCUCUACUGUAUAUCUGUUAAUUGCAUGGACAAUGCAGAGGCACAAUUCACCACCGCACUGCGGCUCACCACUCAUCAGGAAUUGUGGGCGUUUAUCGUGACCAACCUGGCCAGUGUAUACAUCAGAGAAGGCAACAGGCAUCAAGAGCUGUACAGCUUAUUGGAAAGGAUAAAUCCAGACCACAACUUUCCUGUAAGCUCUCACUGUCUCAGGGCAGCUGCUUUCUACAUCCGAGGGCUCUUCUCUUUCUUUCAAGGAAGAUACAAUGAAGCAAAGCGUUUUUUGCGUGAGACACUGAAGAUGUCAAAUGCAGAAGAUUUGAACAGACUAACCGCCUGUUCUCUUGUCCUCCUGGGUCAUAUAUUCUACGUUUUGGGAAACCACAGGGAGAGUAAUAACAUGGUGGUGCCAGCCAUGCAGCUUGCCAGCAAGAUCCCGGACAUGUCCGUGCAGUUGUGGUCUUCAGCGCUGCUGAGAGAUCUGAACAAAGCCUGUGGGAAUGCCAUGGAUGCUCACGAAGCUGCCCAAAUGCAUCAGAACUUCUCCCAGCAGCUUCUCCAAGAUCACAUUGAAGCAUGUAGCCUUCCAGAGCACAACCUCAUUACGUGGACCGACGGCCCACCUCCUGUACAGUUUCAGGCCCAGAAUGGCCCUACCACCAGCCUAGCCAGUCUCCUGUGAGGAGGAAUAUCAGCGAAAGCAUGGAGAAGGGAGGACUAUGCAUGGUGGGCUUUCAUGAGGACAACACAUUUCAUAGAUCGAUAAACUACCAGGAUAUUUUAAACUGUUUUUUAUAUGAGGACUCUCUCUCUCUCUGCUUGCCUCACCUCUCUCUUUCUCCAUUGCUCCCCCCCUUUAUGCUCUCUAAUUAUAAACAUAUAUAAUCUUAGCAAGAAGCUUAUGUCCUCAGGCUGUCGUUCUCCCUCAAUGCCCUACUUGUGGGGAGAAGUGGAGGUGGCGGAGGUUAGCGAGAAAGUUGAUUUAACCUGCUCUUCAACCUAGCUAGGGGUGGGGACUUUUGGGUUGUUUUUGGUUUCUUGUGUGUGGUGGUGUUUUUCUGGUACCAUUGCAUGUCUCCUGGAAAAUGGAUGGAUUUAUUCCCAAGUGUGAAGACCUAAGGACUCUGCUCUAGAUCUGAAUCGUUCCCCUUGUGUCUUAGCAAAUUUGUGCCUGGCCCUGCGGAUGUUUGGGCCUCGGCCAAUGCCAUCGCGAAGGAUUCACAGGACAAUAGUGGCGAGCGUCCGUCAGCCCCGGAGAUAAGAGGACAGAUGGCUGCACUCUCAAGCUCUCAAUAAGCCCAAGGUCCAGAAGUUGCUGUGGGGACAAAGGUUGGGAAGCCCCCGGUUUCCCGGCUCCCCCCCGCUGGUCUGCCCUUCUAGUGUGCUGAGGGCAGUAGCAGGCCUCGGUUGGUCUGGGUCAAGAGACUCAACAGCCCAAGAAGAAGCUUCACUUUGCAAAAGGUAGCUUAGCGUCCACAAACUGAACUCUGGAUUAUUUCUAUGCAGAUUAGUUUGCAGUGUGGCCUCUACCAGACCCAUCAAAGAUUCCGAGCAGUGGCUGAAAACAGCUCGGUGUGCGCUUGCCGGCCUCUGCCUGAUGGGACUGGUUUGAGGCAUCUUCACUCUUUGGCUUCCAGGACAGCGGCUGGGCCAUUCAAUCGCACUGAUGUAAAAAUUCAGGUUAACCUGGUUCCCACAGACUUUGGGUUCUUGGCCAGCUCCCCAAGUUGCUGUAGUUGCACGAAGACUUACGUUUUCUUGCAGGGGUGAGAUCUGGGGAGCUGGUAACAGAGACGUACCAUCCCAAAGGCAGCAGGAGGGCAGGGACAUAUCCCAUGUAUAGUAACUCAGCCUGGCCCUAGGUCUUCGGAAGACCUGCCCUCCCCAACCACAGAGUGAACUGUCCUUGGUCAGGACUGGAUUUGAAUUUGUCAUAAGUCAGGCAGUCAAUAUGGUUGACUAAGUAGGAGCAAGAACAUCUGUUUAGUCCUCAUUUUAGAGUUUGGGAAACUGAGGCACAAGU